AUGGAUCCCAUUCCGUUCACGCUCAAUAAAAAGACGUUCACGUUUGUCGAUUGCAACACAAUGCCCUACACUUGGAAGUUUGAAAAAGUGUUGUAUUUUUGUACGAUGAGAAUAUCAGCUACUGAGACAAUAAGUGUUAAUCCACGAAAUGAGGCCGUCAACAUGGAGUACGCGAUUUCAUUUCGUGUCGAAAAAUGGGUUGAUCACAAGAAAAAGGUAUUGGUGGUGCCGAUGAGUUCGAACAAUUCGUUUAAUAUUUUCGAAGAAGCCGACAAUGUGAUAUUGAUAAAUGAGGAGACAAUUGCCGUCUUUGUUGUCAGUCCAUCGUCAUAUGAAAGGUCCCACACCGGUCCUCGCACAUCGUUUGAGGUAUUUUGGACAGCUCAAGAGUUUAGACAGUGCCCAUUAUAUCAGGAAGACCUGAAGUGCCGACAAAACACCAAAUUCUCAUUCUUUGCUGGCUCAGAUCCAGGCCUCGCCAAAUACAAUGCCUAUCAUCUUGCCGAUGUCACAUACACAACCGUUGCCGCCUACGAUUUGCGUAUUAGCGUUUUCACGAUUUUGGUCAAUCAAUCGUGCGCUUUUUGUGCUGUUUAUAGUCAACGGGAUGAUGUUGAUUUCGAUCCUCUUUUCCUCAAUUAUGAUUGUGCUGACGAUUCAAAUUGUUAUAUUUUGGCCGAAAUCUCCGUCAAUUGCUACAUAGAAGAUCUGGAAACUUGUGCGUAUGGAAUCUUUUCUUUCAACGGAAUCCCCAUUGAGUUUGAUCAAUGCACAGCCAAAUACACCUCCAGUAACGGAUUCGCCAUUUCGAUGUGUCACGGGAAAGUUCACGGGUCUGGUUACGUGAUCGUGGAAGAUGUAGCCUAUGCCUUGCAGAGCUCAAUCUCGUUUCGAGCAUCUGAGUGGAUAGUGAACAACAUCGUUUACAAAAGGGCUCAGCACAUUUGCCGUGGGACAACGAUGAUCACUUCGAGAGGCUUUCAGAAUCCGUUUGAAUACCCAAAUUUGUAUCAAAAUCCAUCGUAUCCUGGGCAAAUUCACUACAAUCUAACUCAAAACAUCACAUGUGAGUCUUUCAAAGUCGACAUAACCGUUGAAGUCCUUUUUUCGUUUAAUGGCAAUUUGAUGAUCACAUUUCGAGGAGAAUCCAAUGAAAAGAGAGAAAUCCAAAGCACUGUUUCGUCCACCAAUCAGCCAUCAUCGUUUCCAUAUAACGAAAGUCGCUCGAAUAUCGACGGGGUUCAGGUGUUCUGGAUGCCAAACAGUUCACCAAUCGAUUUGAAAACCGGCUUCUUUUUGAGAGUUCAUGUUGACAAAUCUGCG